AAAGCUUCCUUUCACUUUCGGUCUUUGGCUGUCAUCCAGUUCGGUCUUUCCACACCCAGCUGGGGCAAGCCUGACCCUGCCACAGGCAUGAGGGGUCUCCAGCCGAGAUGACAGUGCUGGCGCCAGCCUGGAGCCCAAAUUCCUCCUUGUUGCUGUUGCUGCUGCUGCUGAGCCCUUGCCUGCGGGGGACACCUGACUGUUACUUCAGCCACAGUCCCAUCUCCUCCAACUUCCACAUGAGGAUUAGCGAGUUGACUGACUACCUGCUUAAAGAUUACCCAGUCACUGUGGCCAUCAAUCUUCAGGACGAGAAACACUGCAAGGCCUUGUGGAGCCUCUUCCUGGCCCAUCGCUGGAUAGAGCAACUGAAGACUGUGGCAGGGUCUAAAAUGCAAAAGCUUCUGGAGGAUGUCAAUACGGAGAUACAUUUUGUCACCUCGUGUACCUUCCAGCCCCUACCAGAAUGUCUUCGAUUCGUCCAGACCAACAUCUCCCACCUCCUGCAGGACACCUGCUCACAGCUGUUAGCUCUGAAGCCCUGUAUCGGGAAAGCCUGCCAGAAUUUCUCUCGGUGCCUGGAGGUGCAGUGCCAGCCGGACUCCUCCACCCUGCUUCCCCCAGAGAGUCCUGGAGCCCUAGGAGCCACGGAGCUUCCAAAGCCUCAGCCCAGGCAGCUGUGGCUCCUGCUGCUACUGCCUCUCACAGUGGUGCUGCUGGCAGCCGCCUGGUGCCUUCGCUGGCAAAGGACAAGAAGGAGGGUGGAGCUCCGCCCUGGGGUGCCCCUCCCCUCCCAUCCCUAGGAUGUGAGACUUGUGCGUCGCUGACUCAGCCAGGGUCUUCUCUCGGGUUGGGAACCAAAACAAGGAACAAGCUAGGCAAAUGCUGUGCUGAGCUACAUCCCCAGCCCAGAGGACACACUGUCUGGGCCUGGCGAUGGACAUGUGUAAUUCCAGAGCUUCUGGAUUGGAGAUGCUGAAACUGGAGGAUACUGACUUUAAGAAAAACAGAAAGGAAGAAGGGGAUGCAUUGUCGCCCUGUGUGGUCGCUUCUGUCACCUCCGCCCCUUAAAAUAAAAACAACUGCCGGGUA